AUGACCUCCACAAAAGAGAGUCUAACCCCCUCCACCCGCAGUGAUAAAAAGGAUCUGAAGGAUCUUUCUCACCUAGAACACUUCCCGAAGGGCUCAUCAGCAACCCCGGGCCUCGACCACGGCCGGGAUGGAUGCAAAAAGAUUCGGCACUUCGGCAACGGCCCGGAUGAGAACGGUAGUGGCAAGUUGUCCGAGGAGACUUGUCUCAUGAACAUUGCCAAGACCCUCAAGGACGUGAAGGUGGAGUAUGCCAAAUUCGAGACGUUCCUGCGGCGGUACUACAGCGAAUGA